CUGAGUUCAUCUUCCUGGGGAUCUUUAUGUCGGAGAUGUUUAUUAAGAUGUAUGGGCUGGGGACCAGACCUUAUUUGCACUCCUCCUUCAACUGUUUUGACUGCAUUGUCAUUUGUGGCAGCAUUUUCGAGGUGCUCUGGUCUAUGAUCCAGCCAGGAACCUCGUUUGGGAUCAGUGUGUUACGAGCUCUCAGGUUACUGAGGAUCUUCAAAGUGACCAAGUAUUGGGCGUCUCUGAGGAACCUGGUGGUGUCUUUGUUGAACUCCAUGAAAUCCAUUAUCAGUUUACUCUUCCUCCUUUUCCUCUUCAUCGUGGUCUUUGCUCUGCUGGGCAUGCAGCUUUUUGGAGGACAGUUUAAUUUUGAAGCCGGCACACCACCUACAAACUUUGAUACUUUUCCUGCAGCAAUAAUGACAGUAUUUCAGAUCCUGACGGGUGAAGACUGGAACAUGGUCAUGUAUGAUGGGAUCGAGUCUCAGGGCGGAGUCAAAAAGGGCAUGGUCUUCUCAGUCUUCUUCAUCGUUCUUACACUCUUCGGCAACUACACUUUGCUCAAUGUGUUCUUGGCUAUCGCUGUGGACAAUCUGGCCAAUGCACAAGAGCUGACCAAGGAUGAACAGGAGGAAGAGCAAGCAGCCAAUCAGAAAAUGGCUCUUCAGGCGGCCAAGGAAGUAGCAGAGGUCAGCCCACUGUCUGCAGCCAACCUCUCCAUUGCUGCCGUGACAGUAAACUCUGAGCGUCUUGAUGCAACAGAACACUUUCUGGACUGUAAAGAGCAACAGAAGAACCACAAAGGUUGUAAAUCGGUAUGGGAGCAGCGCACUAGCGAGUUGAGACGACAGACCCUGAUGAACAGCAGAGAGGCUCUUUACAAUGAGUUGGACCCUGAAGAUCGCUGGAAGGUCUCAUACUCCCGUCACAUUCGUCCCGAUAUGAAGACACAUCUGGAUCGGCCGCUGGUCGUGGACCCUCAGGAGAACCGCAAUAACAAUACCAACAAAACUCAUCCGGGUGACAUCCAGCCCCAGCACACUCAUCAGCUCCUGCACAAACAGCCCAACUUCAAUGAGGGGGAGAGUGGAGGAGGAGGUGGAGGGUCUGAGCCCUGGGCAGCGUUGGAAAGGGGGGACUCCACAGGGUCUCGUCGGAGUCUUUUAGGCUCCGAGAGCCAUGGGGUGGGUAGAGAGUCUCACCGCAGACAUCAGCAUGGCGAGCGCUGCAGCCAGGCCCGCCAACACCAUAAAACUGCAAAGGAUGAGGGAGAGGGCGGAGGGAAGAGACACAGGAGUAAGGGCAGGGAAAGAGGACCUGAGUGUGAGCAUGCAGAUGGAGGAGAGCGGAAACACAGACAUCAUCGCCAUGAGGGCGAAGGAAGAAAAGAGAGAGGGGUGCGACACCGUACCAGGAAGGAUGGCCAUGGAAGUGGCCCCACUCUCUCGACCACCCGUCCCAUUCAGAAGACUCUGUCCAGGCAGGACAGUCAGUACAGUGAGGACCUGGACAAUGCCAUGAACAACAAGCUUGCCACCCAGCCACCUAGUAACUCCACUCCUCAUGAUAGUCUGCUCAAUCUGGCCAACAGUGCCCACACUGCCGGCCUGGCACAUACUGACACUGAGAGCAGCCUCAUUCUCACCAACCCUUCCUCUACCACUGCUAAUGUUACCAGCACUGGUCACCUGAGCAUGAAUCCUGAUUACACUGCCGUGGACAUUCCCCCGAUGUUCCCCUCCAGUAACGCCAUCCUACAGGUCAAUAAGAAUGCAAACACAGAGCCCCUGCCCAAGAAGGAGGACACAAAGGGUGACGAUGACGAUGAUGAGAAAGAUGAUGCGGGGCCUAAACCCAUGCCACCCUAUACCUCAAUGUUCAUUCUGACUACCACCAACCCAUUUCGGAGGUUGUGCCACUAUAUCGUCACGCUCAGAUAUUUUGAGAUGUGUAUUCUGCUGGUCAUUGCAAUGAGCAGUAUUGCCCUGGCCGCUGAAGACCCUGUCUGGCCCGAUUCCCCCCGCAACAAUGUCCUGCGGUACUUUGACUAUGUGUUCACUGGUGUGUUCACCUUUGAGAUGCUCAUUAAGAUGGUAGAUUUAGGUCUUGUCCUCCAUCAAGGCUCAUAUUUCCGUGACUUGUGGAACAUCCUGGACUUUAUAGUGGUUAGUGGUGCCCUGGUGGCGUUUGCCUUCACAGGAAGCAGCAAGGGGAAAGACAUCAGUACUAUCAAGUCGCUGCGUGUGCUCCGAGUAUUGCGGCCUCUGAAAACCAUCAAGCGUCUGCCAAAGCUGAAGGCUGUCUUUGACUGUGUGGUGAACUCUCUGAAGAAUGUGUUGAACAUACUCAUUGUCUACAUGCUGUUCAUGUUCAUCUUUGCUGUGGUGGCUGUGCAGCUCUUCAAAGGCCGUUUCUUCUACUGUACCGAUGAAUCCAAGGAGUUGGAGCGUGACUGCAGGGGCGAAUAUCUUGUCUAUGAAAAAGAUAACGAAGUGCGGGCGCAGAAGCGGGAAUGGAAGAAAUACGAUUUCCACUACGACAAUGUGCUCUGGGCCCUUCUCACCCUCUUCACAGUUUCUACGGGAGAGGGGUGGCCACAGGUGCUGAAACAUUCAGUGGAUGCGACCUACGAGAAUCAGGGCCCGAGUCCAGGUUACCGGAUGGAAAUGUCCAUCUUUUACGUGGUGUACUUCGUGGUCUUCCCCUUCUUCUUCGUCAACAUCUUCGUGGCUCUUAUCAUCAUUACUUUCCAGGAGCAAGGAGACAAAAUGAUGGAGGAGUAUAGCCUGGAAAAGAAUGAGAGAGCCUGCAUAGACUUCGCCAUCAAUGCUAAACCGCUCACGCGACACAUGCCUCAGAACAAACAAACAUUCCAGUACCGCAUGUGGGAGUUUGUGGUGUCUCCUCCAUUUGAAUACACCAUCAUGGCAUUGAUUGCCCUCAACACCAUUGUCCUUAUGAUGAAGUAUGAUGGAGCAUCAGAUGCCUAUGAAGCUGUGUUAGCCAACCUGAACAUAGUGUUCACCUCACUUUUCUCCAUGGAGUGCAUAUUGAAGAUCAUUGCCUUUGGAGUGCUGAACUACUUCAAAGACGCCUGGAACAUCUUCGACUGUGUGACUGUACUUGGCAGCAUCACUGAUAUUUUAGUCACAGAGCUAGGGAUGAACAACUUCAUAAAUCUGAGUUUUCUAAGGCUCUUCAGAGCUGCUCGUCUCAUUAAGUUGCUCAGGCAGGGUGAGACCAUACGCAUCCUGCUCUGGACCUUCGUCCAGUCUUUCAAGGCUCUGCCGUAUGUGUGCCUACUCAUCGCCAUGCUGUUCUUCAUCUACGCCAUCAUUGGCAUGCAGCUGUUUGGGAACAUUGCGAUUGAGGAGGAUGGUGAGAGUGCCAUUAACCAGCACAACAACUUCAGGACUUUUUUCCAGGCGCUAAUGCUGCUCUUCAGGAGUGCUACAGGUGAGGCGUGGCAUGAUAUCAUGCUGUCGUGUCUGGGAAAGAAGGUGUGUGAUCCUCUCUCUGGUAACGUGGAGGCAGAGUGUGGGAGCGAGUUUGCCUACCUCUACUUUGUUUCCUUCAUCUUCCUCUGUUCCUUUCUGAUGCUGAAUCUGUUCGUGGCUGUGAUCAUGGAUAAUUUUGAGUACCUGACGCGUGACUCCUCUAUCCUGGGACCCCAUCACCUGGACGAGUAUGUGAGAAUCUGGGCGGAGUAUGAUCCAGCUGCUUGUGGCAGAAUCAGUUUCAGGGAUAUGUAUGAGAUGCUCAGGCACAUGUCUCCUCCGUUAGGCCUUGGGAAGAAGUGCCCUGCACGGGUUGCCUACAAGAGACUGUUGCGGAUGGAUCUGCCAGUUGCUGAUGACAACACAGUGCACUUUAAUUCCACACUUAUGGCCUUAAUCCGAACUGCUCUGGACAUCAAGAUCGCCAAGGGUGGGGAAGGAGGCGUAGAUAAGCACCAGAUGGAUGCUGAACUAAGGAAGGAGAUGAUGGCGAUAUGGCCUAAUCUCUCUCAGAAGAAUCUGGACCUUCUGGUGACACCCCACAAGUCAGCGACAGACCUGACAGUGGGAAAGAUCUAUGCUGCCAUGAUGAUCAUGGAGUAUUAUAGGCAAAGUAAAGCCAAACGGACACAGGCUAUCCACGAUGAACAGAAUCGAACGCCAUUAAUGUUUCAGCGUCUGGAGCCGCCGUCUCCAAGCCAGGAUGUGGGACAGGGACUCACUGGCCUUCCUGAAACACAACAGCACCCUGCAAAUCAUCUGCCUGUUGAUGAAAGGAUCCCAGAGAGCCAAUCAUGGGUGACAGCGCGAGCCCAGGAGAUGUCUCAGAAAGCAGGAAGCUGGAGUCCUGAAGGCCAACACCCAGACGACCCCGCAGAUAACCGCAGACACUCUCAGACAGUAGAGAUGAGAGAGAUGGGGCGGGACGGGUACUCGGACACUGAGCACUAUCUGCCGAUGGAAGGCCAUGGCAGGGCUGCUUCCAUGCCUCGACUCCCAGCAGACAACCAACAGCCACGGAGGAAAGGACGGCACCGGGGAGAUAAUCUCACUACCAUCACCGAUAACAGUCCGAUGAAGCGUUCAGCUUCAUCUUUGGGCCAUGGGCGUCAAGGCCGUUCAAUGCGGGGUGAGGACUAUACCAUGGACAGGGUUAUACCAGAAGAGGGUCACAGACAUGGGCAUCGCCACCGAGACCGCAGUCACCGUGCGUCAGAACGCUCCCUGAGCCGCUACACUGAUGCUGACACAGGUCUUGGCACUGACCUCAGCACCACCACACAGUCAGGAGACCUGCCAUCCAAGGAGAGGGACCGGGGCCGGGCCAAAGACCGCAAGCACCACCAUCAUCACCAUCACCAUCACGGUUCUCUAGAUAAGGAGCACUACGGACACGAGAGAGAACGAGGGGACUACGGCCACAGAGGGUCUGGAGAGAGAGACCGCCGCUGGUCCCGCUCACCAAGUGAGGGCAGAGAGUGCCUGACUCACAGACAGGGCAGUAGUUCAGUAAGCGGCAGUCCAGUCCCCUCCACCUCUGGGACCAGCACGCCCCGCCGCGGCCGGCGUCAGCUUCCCCAAACCCCCGCCACGCCCCGACCCCACGUCACCUACUCUCCCGUGGUCCGUAAGCCCAUUGGCGGCACCCCCCCUCCGGGCCAGCAGAACCGACUCCCCGCUCCGACCUCCCAUCGGUUCAGUCCGCCCGGCCCCGAGCCCCCGCUUCCCCCUCCCCACCAUGGCUCUCCUCGCUCGGCCCGUCAUGCGCACUGGGACCAGCCCGCCCCGCCGCGGCCGGCGUCAGCUCCCCCAAACCCCCGCCACGCCCCGACCCCACGUCACCUACUCUCCCGUGGUCCGUAAGCCCAUUGGCGGCACCCCCCCUCCGGGCCAGCAGAACCGACUCCCCGCUCCGACCUCCCAUCGGUUCAGUCCGCCCGGCCCCGA